AUGCGGCCACUGAACGAUGAGGAGACGCAUUUAGUGUUUGAAAAACUGGCCAAAUAUGUGGGUGGUAACUUGCCUCGGCUCAUGGAGGGAGAACACUUUUUGCGAUUACACAAGGAACGCGUUUACUACGUAAAUAAAGUUAUUCUAAAACAUCUAUCGACAAUUGGAAAUAAGAAUCUAGUGAGUGCUGGAGUUUGCAUCGGCAAAUUUACCAAGAGUAGGCAGUUUAAACUCACAAUAACAGCCAUCCAGCUGCUAGCCCACUAUUCUACCAACAAAGUAUGGUUAAAAUCUGGCGACCAAUCAUUUCUCUAUGGUAACCACGUGUUGAAGAGGCAUAUUGGUAGAUGUUCUAGCUCCAUGCCAGCUAAUAGUGGAGUUGUUAUAUUUACUGAAAUAAAUAACUUGCCGAUCGGGUUUGGGGUUACUAGCAAGAGCUCUGAAAGUUUGGAAAAGUCCAAUCCCGAGGACAUUGCUGUUUUUCACCAAGCAGAUAUAGGAGAAUAUUUGCGCCACGAAUCUGACAUUAUCUAA